CCACUUUAACUGCCAUGGCUCAAGGGUAUGGAAUUCUGGGAAGGGUAGCUUGUUGUGUGUCACUAGACCUUUGAGCCAUGGCAGUAAACACACUGCAGAAAUAACCCAGUUUGAGACCUCUUUAACUGCCCUGGCUCAGUGCUAGGGGAUUAUGGGGAUUGUAGUUUAUUGUGACUGACAGAGAAGGCAAAAUGUCUCACAAAACUACGGUUCCAGGGGUUCCCUAGCACUGAGCCAAGGCGGUUCUUCUGAGAGGGAGCCAGAGGGGGCGCUGGGCCUGGCCUUCCCUCCUCAGAGGAAGGAGAAGAGGCGCUUGGCUGGUCGGGGCCUAGUAGUCGUCCUUCGCGUCCGCAGAGGCGAAGAGGGCGGCCAUGGAGCGAAGAGGGAAAGCGGCGGCGGGGGUCCAGCAGCGCCUCCAGGGAACCGAGGGGACUCCUUCGCCUCCCUCGGCCCUCGAGGUCCCCGGAGGAGAGGAGGCCCAAUUGGACGAUUCUGACUGGCCCACAGAGCUUCGAGGUGCAAAUGGUUCUCAGAAGAUAAUGAAUAUCACAUCAUCGUUUGCCAACCAGCUGCUGCUUGUUUCUCUGCUGGAACAUCUUUGCCACGUGUAUGCGCAGAAUCCUACACGCUCAAGACGCUUGUUUCAACUGCUAUGUAAGACAUUUACUCAGAUGCGUUUGCUUUCUGAUUUUGCUGUAUGUGAAGAAUUUAGUAGUCUGAGGCUGCAGCAUAAUCGAGCCAUUGCUGCAUUAAUGAAAGCAGCGAACAAACAAAUACUCAGUGAGGAGUUUGGUAAUGACAAUUCUUGCACAAACAGAGAAAGUAUUAUUUUUGAAGCACAGACCUCUCGCUAUAUUAAUGAAUUUGAUGAGGUUUCAAGACUUGGAAAAGGAGGAUAUGGAACAGUAUACAAGGUCAGAAAUAAGCUAGAUGGUCAAUUCUAUGCGAUUAAAAAAAUUCUUAUUAAGAAGGCUACCAAAAGUGACUGCAUGAAGGUAUUACGGGAAGUGAAAGUCUUGGCUGGGCUGCAGCACCCUAAUAUUGUAGGUUACCACACUGCUUGGAUGGAGCAUGUUCAACCAACAUGUCUGAAAGGUGAGUCAAACCUGAAUUUGCUAUCACUCAAAAUGUCUUCUGAGCAAGAAAGUUCUGUAGAUCUGUGUUCUGACAAGGAUAUGGAAGACAGCAGUUCCAUUAUCUUUGCUGAUCUUAACCCUGAAGACUCUGUUGGCAGAAAUUCUGAAAGAAAUGGAGUGAAUGCACAUGCGCUAAACGAAUUAGAUGAAAAGAGCUGCUUAAAUGACACUACAAGUUGUUCAAGACACAAUGGAAAUCUUCCAUCAGUUGUAUCCCAUUGCGACCAGAAUAGGAACAGCAUGAGUACCAAAGAGUCUUACAGUGAUGAAGAGUGCUCCCAAAAAAGGGUGUCUCUGCAGCAGCAGUGUGAGAUGGAGUAUCAUCUAAUGCUUCACAUACAGAUGCAGUUGUGUGAAAUAUCCUUGUGGGACUGGAUUGAUGACAGGAAUAAAAGAUGCUUUAAAGGAGAAGAUGCUUUUAGUCCAUAUCACCACAUAGACAAUCAGGGGACACUAAAAAUCUUCCAAGAGCUACUCGAGGGAGUGUAUUAUAUCCACAGUAUGGGAGUCAUGCACCGGGACAUUAAACCCAGAAAUAUCUUUCUGCAUGGAUCUGACUACCAUGUGAAAAUAGGGGACUUUGGCCUGGCCUGUAGAGAUAUUAUACAAGAAGAUACAAUCCACUUGCUAAGUGCAAAGAAGAUAACAGAACUAAUACAUACCUCUGGAGUUGGUACUUGCUUGUAUGCUUCACCUGAACAACUACAAGGUUCCCACUAUGAUUUUAAGUCAGAUAUGUACAGCUUGGGUGUAAUCCUGUUUGAACUCUUCCAGCCGUUUGGAACAGAAAUGGAAAGAACCAAAGUUUUGACUGGCUUAAGGAAUAGCACUCUUCCCCACUCUUUCAGUAGAAAAUGGCCAAUACAGACAAAGUAUGUUAAGCUGCUAACCAGUCUCAAAUCUUCAAGCAGACCAACUGCUGCCCAACUUCUUGAAAGUGAACUCUUCCAUAACACAGCAAAUGUUAUUUGCUGUCUUCAGCAGAAGGUAAUCCAGCAAGAAGAAGAAAUCAAGUUGCUUAAAGAAAGAGUUAAGCUACUUCUACAAGAGAAAGAGGAAGGACACAGAAUUGAGGAACUUGGCUCUCCUGUUUAAGCCAGACAGAAAUAUUUGUGUUGUGUUUAUGUAUGAUGUUCUCAUUUUUUAAUAUAAAAACUCAUUAUUUUCUGCA